UAAAAGAGUUAUUUAUUUGAGUGUCUGAGGGGGAAAGAUACAUUUAUUCCAACCUCUGAAACUAGAAUUGAAGAGAGUCAUUGUCAUGAACAGGAAACAUGCUCUCGCAAUGAACUGAGAAACGCUCUCUAGGCGAAAUGCUCUCCUGUUCCUGAGUGUGUUCAGUUUCAGUGGAUCAGAUCUUUCCCAUCUCUGCAUCCAAGCUAUUUGGCGGCGAUCAGAUGAUCAGAGCUCAAGGAAGUGAUUGGAGAGCGAGCUGGCUGCAGCUGCAAUGUAGGCUGUUUUCAGGGACAAGGAGCCACUGUUUUUCAAACAUAGCAUCAACAUAGAAGUUAUUUCGUAGGCUCCAGGAUGCAGCGAUGGGCUGCACUGCCAGCAUUGUUCUGCUUCAAGCUUUUCGUUCUGUGGUCCAGAGGAGCUGUCCACACAUUUGUAGACGACGCCAGGAGGAACCAUCCCAUGAAAUUUUGCCUCUGGAAAGUGACGAUGAAAUGAGUAGACCCAGAACCCUCAUCGUAAUGCAAGAAAAGCCCAGGCUGAUCGAGCCUUUGGAUUAUGAAACUGUCAUUGAAGAACUUGAAAAGACCUAUCAGAAUCAUGCCCUCCGAGACCUCCUGUUCUUCCCCAGUGACGACUUCUCAACUGCCACGGUUUCUUGGGACAUCCGAACAUUGUACUCAACAGUCCCGGAAGAUGCAGAGCACAAAGCAGAAAAUUUACUAGUGAAAGAGGCUUGUAAAUUUUAUAGCUCCCAGUGGUACGUGGUAAAUUAUAAUUAUGAACAAUAUUCUGGAGACAUUCGACAGCUACCCCGAGCAGAAUACAAACCAGAGAAACUUCCUUCACAUUCCUUUGAAGUUGACCAUGAAGAUGCUGAUAAGGAUGAAGAUACCACUUCCCACUCGUCUUCCAAGGGCGGUGGGGGAGCGGGAGGAACCGGCGUUUUCAAGUCUGGGUGGCUCUACAAGGGCAAUUUUAACAGCACCGUGAAUAAUACCGUCACUGUUCGGUCAUUCAAAAAGCGCUUCUUCCAGCUGACUCAGCUGCCAGAUAACUCCUACAUCAUGAACUUCUACAAAGAUGAAAAAAUAUCCAAAGAACCCAAAGGCUGCAUCUUUCUGGAUUCCUGUACAGGUGUGGUGCAGAAUAACAGACUGAGAAAAUACGCCUUUGAAUUGAAAAUGAAUGACCUGACCUAUUUUGUGUUGGCGGCUGAAACGGAGUCAGAUAUGGAUGACUGGAUCCACACCCUCAACCGUGUCCUGCAGAUCAGUCCGGAGGGGGCCCUUCAGGGCAGGAGGAGCACGGAGCUCACGGAUCUGGGGCUGGAUUCCCUGGAUAACUCUAUAACUUGUGAAUGCACGCCAGAGGAAACAGAGUCUUCAGAGAACAGCCUUCACCCUGACUUCACCAAAUACCUCACAGAAACGGAAGAGACUGUCAAAACAACUCGAAACUUGGAGAGGCUGAAUCUGUUCUCCCUGGAUCCAGAUAUAGACAGCUUGAAAUUUCAGAAAAAGGACCAUUUAGAACCUGAGCUUGUGAUCAAACCAUUCGAAGAAAAAGCUGCCAAGAGAAUCAUGGUCAUUUGUAAAGCUCUCAACUUAAAUCUUCAGGGAUGCGUUACAGAGAAUGAAAAUGACCCGGUAACAAAUAUUGAACCAUUUUUUGUGAGUGUGGCACUUUAUGACCUCAGAGACAAUAGGAAGAUCUCUGCUGAUUUCCACGUGGAUCUAAACCACCCUGCUGUCAGGCAGAUGCUCCCAGGGGCUUCCGUGGCUUUGGAAAAUGGAAACAUCGACACUGUCACUCCCAGACAAUCAGAAGAACCUCCCAUCAAGGGAUUUCCAGAGGAAUGGCUAAAAUUUCCAAAGCAGGCUAUAUUUUCUGUAAGCAAUCCACAUUCUGACAUUGUUUUGGUGGCCAAAAUCGAGAAAGUACUGAUGGGAAACAUUCCAAGUGGUGCUGAACCUUAUAUUAAAAAUCCAGACUCCAACAAGUAUGCACAAAAGAUACUAAAAUCCAACAGGCAGUUUUGCAGCAAGCUGGGAAAGUACCGGAUGCCAUUUGCUUGGGCAGUGAGAUCAGUAUUUAAGGACAACCAGGGAAAUGUGGACAGAGACUCAAGAUUUUCGCCAUUGUAUAGGCAAGAAAGUAGCAAGAUUUCAACUGAGGACCUACUUAAAUUAGUGUCUGAUUAUAGAAGAGCUGACAGAAUAAGCAAAACGCAGACCAUUCCUGGAAGCCUGGAUAUCACUGUUGACAACAGUCCUUUGGAGCAUCCAAACUGUGUAACAUCGUCCUUUAUUCCCGUCAAGCCUUUCAAUGUGACGGCUCAACCAGAACCCACGGUGGAGGUGGAAGAAUUCGUUUACGACUCGACAAAGCAUUGCCGCCCUUACAGAGUAUACAAAAAUCAAAUUUACAUUUACCCCAAGCACCUCAAGUAUGACAGCCAGAAGUGUUUCAACAAGGCACGAAAUAUAACCACGUGCAUUGAAUUCAAAAAUUCCGAUGAAGAAGAUGCCAAGCCCCUGAAGUGUAUUUAUGGAAAACCUGGAGGACCCCUCUUCACCUCAGCCACCUACACGGCAGUGCUGCACCAUUCCCAGAAUCCGGAUUUCUCAGACGAGGUGAAAAUUGAGCUGCCAACACAGCUUCAUGAGAAACACCAUGUUCUGUUUUCUUUCUAUCAUGUCACUUGUGACAUAAAUGCCAAAGCUAACGCCAAGAAGAAGGAGGCUCUGGAAACACCAGUUGGAUAUGCUUGGCUUCCUCUGAUGAAACAUGAUCAGGUAGCUUCUCAAGAGUACAACAUCCCGGUUGCAACAAGCCUGCCUCCUAAUUAUUUAAGCUUUCCAGAUCCUGCAAGUGGAAAGCAUGGCGGGAGCGACAUUAAAUGGGUUGAUGGUGGCAAACCCCUUUUCAAAGUAGCAACGUUCGUUGUAUCAACAGUGAAUACUCAGGAUCCACAUGUGAACACAUUUUUCCGACAAUGCCAAAAAAGGGAGAAAGAUAUGUCUCAGUCGCCUACCUCGAACUUCGUCCGAUCUUGUAAGAACUUAUUGAAUGUGGAAAAGAUUCAAGCAAUCAUGAGUUUCCUGCCUAUAAUCUUGAAUCAGCUCUUCAAGGUCCUGGUACAGAAUGAAGAAGAUGAAAUAAACACCACUGUGACCAGGGUUCUGACCGACAUCGUGGCCAGGUGCCAUGAGGAGCAGCUGGACCACUCCGUCCAGUCCUACAUUAAGUUCGUGUUCAAGACCAGGGCGUGCAAGGAGAGAACUAUACAUGAGGAACUGGCUAAAAAUGUGACUGGUCUUUUGAAGUCAAAUGACUCCACAACAGUCAAGCAUGUCCUGAAGCAUUCCUGGUUCUUCUUUGCAAUUAUCCUAAAAUCAAUGGCACAGCACUUGAUUGACACAGAUAAAAUUCAGCUUUCCCGGCCUCAGAGAUUUCCUGAAUCUUACCAAAACGAAUUGGACAAUCUUGUCAUGGUUCUGUCUGACCACGUGAUUUGGAAAAACAAAGACGCACUUGAAGAAACAAGAAGGGCAAACCACAGCGUCGCCAGAUUUCUUAAGCGCUGCUUUACGUUUAUGGACCGGGGUUUUGUGUUUAAGAUGAUUAACAAUUACAUCAGCAUGUUCUCCUCAGGUGAUCCCAAGACUUUAUGCCAGUAUAAAUUUGAUUUUCUUCAGGAAGUAUGUCAGCAUGAACACUUUAUUCCUUUGUGUCUCCCCCUAAGAUCAGCAAACAUUCCAGAUCCUUUGACACCUUCAGAAUCAAUACAAGAGUUACAUGCAUCAGAUAUGCCUGAAUAUUCAGUCACGAAUGAAUUUUGCCGCAAACACUUCUUAAUCGGAAUUCUGCUCCGAGAAGUCGGCUUUGCUUUGCAAGAAGACCAAGAUAUCAGACACUUAGCUUUAGCUGUCCUCAAAAACCUAAUGGCUAAGCACUCAUUUGAUGAUCGAUACAGAGAACCAGGAAAGCAGGCCCAGAUAGCAGGUUUAUACAUGCCUCUCUAUGGCAUGCUUCUGGACAAUAUGCCAAGGAUCUACCUGAAGGACCUGUAUCCUUUUACCAUCAAUACGUCGAAUCAGGGGUCUAGAGAUGACCUCAGCACCAAUGGAGGAUUCCACACGCAGUCAACUAUGAAACAUGCAAACUCUGUGGAUACGUCAUUUUCUAAAGAUGUUUUAAAUUCCAUAGCAGCAUUUUCAUCAAUAGCUAUUUCUACAGUAAACCAUGCUGAUUCCAGAGCUUCCUUAGCAAGUCUUGACUCCAACCCAAGUACCACUGAGAAGAGCAGUGAGAAGACUGACAACUGUGAGAAGAUUCCAAGACCCUUGUCUCUGAUAGGCUCAACUCUUCGAUUUGACAAGUUAGAUCAAGCAGAAACCAGGAGUCUUCUUAUGUGCUUUCUUCACAUUAUGAAAACAAUUUCAGAGGAGACCCUGAUUGCGUACUGGCAAAGAGCACCCAGUGCAGAGGUGUCUGACUUCUUCAGCAUCUUGGAUGUUUGUCUUCAAAAUUUCAGAUACCUGGGAAAACGUAAUAUAAUAAGUCUUCCUUGCAGAAAAAUUGCUGCUGCGUUUAAGUUUGUGCAGUCCACCCAGAACAAUGGAACUCUCAAAGCGUCAAAUCCAUCCUGCCAAACUUCAGGCCACUUGUCACAAUGGAUGCACACCGUUUCCAGCCAUGAAGGACAGAAGCAGCACAGAUCACAAACUUUACCGAUAAUUCGAGGCAAAAAUGCACUUUCUAACCCCAAACUCCUACAGAUGUUGGACAAUACCAUGAGUAGCAACUCCAAUGAAAUAGAUAUCGUACACCAUGUGGACACGGAGGCCAAUAUCGCUACAGAGGUUUGCUUGACUAUUCUAGACUUGCUUGCCCUCUUCACUCAGACCCACCAGAGACAGCUCCAACAAUCCGAGUGUCAAAAUUCAAUGAUGAAAAGGGUCUUUGAUACCUACAUGCUCUUUUUUCAAGUCAACCAAUCAGCCACAGCACUGAAACACGUGUUUGCCUCCUUGAGGCUGUUUGUAUGCAAGUUUCCUUCAGCGUUCUUCCAAGGGCCUGCCGACCUGUGUGGAUCAUUCUGCUAUGAAGUCCUAAAGUGCUGCAACCACAGGUCACGUUCAACUCAGACAGAAGCGUCAGCACUUCUGUAUUUUUUCAUGAGGAAGAAUUUUGAAUUUAACAAGCAGAAGUCAAUUGUCCGGUCCCACCUGCAACUCAUCAAAGCUGUAAGCCAGUUAAUAGCUGAUGCUGGGAUUGGAGGCUCUCGGUUUCAACAUUCCCUUGCAAUUGCCAAUAAUUUUGCCAAUGGAGACAAGCAAAUGAAAAACAGCAAUUUCCCAGCAGAAGUGAAAGAUCUGACUAAACGUAUAAGGACCGUGUUGAUGGCCACGGCUCAGAUGAAGGAGCAUGAGAAGGAUCCCGAGAUGCUGGUGGAUCUCCAGUACAGCCUGGCGAACUCCUAUGCAAGCACCCCCGAGCUCCGGAGGACCUGGCUGGAAAGCAUGGCCAAGAUUCACGCGAGAAAUGGAGACUUGUCCGAGGCUGCUAUGUGCUACAUCCAUAUAGCUGCCCUCAUUGCAGAAUACCUGAAAAGAAGGGGUUACUGGAAAACGGAAAAGAUUUGCACACCAUCCCUGCUCCCGGAGGAUAUCCACCCCUGUGAUAGCAACCCUUUACUAACCACUCCUGGUGGAGGAAGCAUGUUCUCUAUGGGCUGGCCGGCUUUUCUGAGCAUUACACCAAAUAUCAAAGAAGAAGGGGAAAUGAAAGAAGAUUCGGGAAUGCAAGAUACGCCAUACAAUGAGAAUAUCCUCGUGGAGCAGCUGUACAUGUGUGUGGAGUUCCUUUGGAAAUCUGAGCGAUAUGAACUCAUUGCUGAUGUCAACAAACCCAUCAUUGCUGUCUUUGAGAAGCAGAGAGACUUCAAAAAAUUAUCGGAUCUCUACUACGACAUUCAUCGGUCGUACCUAAAGGUCGCAGAGGUGGUGAAUUCGGAAAAGCGGCUUUUUGGCCGCUUCUAUCGUGUGGCAUUUUAUGGACAGGCUGUGGGUUUUUUUGAAGAAGAAGAAGGCAAAGAGUAUAUUUAUAAAGAGCCCAAGCUGACAGGUCUCUCUGAGAUUUCCCAAAGACUGCUCAAACUCUACGCCGAUAAAUUUGGAGCAGACAAUGUGAAGAUAAUCCAAGACUCCAAUAAGGUAAACCCCAAGGAUUUGGACCCCAAAUACGCCUACAUCCAGGUGACCUAUGUCACGCCAUUCUUUGAAGAAAAGGAAAUGGAGGACCGGAAGACAGAUUUUGAAAUGCACCACAACAUCAACCGCUUUGUCUUUGAGACGCCCUUCACGCUGUCGGGCAAGAAGCACGGGGGCGUGGAGGAGCAGUGCAAGCGGAGGACGGUCCUGACAACCAGUCACUUGUUCCCCUACGUGAAGAAGAGGAUACAGGUCGUCAGCCAGUCGAGCACGGAACUGAAUCCUAUUGAAGUGGCGAUUGAUGAAAUGUCCAAGAAGGUUUCUGAGCUCAAUCAGCUUUGCACAAUGGAGGAAGUGGACAUGAUCAGACUGCAGCUCAAACUUCAAGGAAGCGUCAGCGUGAAGGUUAAUGCCGGGCCCAUGGCCUACGCACGAGCUUUCCUUGAAGAAACCAAUGCAAAGAAAUAUCCUGACAACCAAGUAAAACUUUUGAAGGAAAUCUUCAGGCAAUUUGCAGAUGCGUGUGGGCAGGCCCUGGACGUGAAUGAGCGCCUCAUCAAGGAGGACCAGCUGGAGUACCAGGAGGAGCUGAGGUCCCACUAUAAGGACAUGCUCAGCGAGCUCUCGGCAAUCAUGAAUGAGCAGAUUAAACUGAGGACAAAAUACUAACUUCUAACUCUGUGGAAGAGCUCCUAGAGGAAGAACUAUUUGAUUGAUAUCAGUCAUUAGGUUUAAAUUAACCACAGCGAAACUGUAAGUCAUCUACAGCAAAAUAAGCCAUUUUCACGGCAAGCACUGAUAAGUGUUUUGAGUUGGUGGUAAUGAACAAUUUUCUGAAAUCAGAAACAGCUAGCAAAGGAUAGGGGUCCUUAAAGUCCAGUGUAUUUUUUAAAACUGGGUAUUUAAUCUCAGUUUGGAUUUAUAACAUUAAAAAAUGUGUUUGUUUCUUUUCUCAGUUUUUUUUAAUAAAAAGGCGUUUGACUGUAAUGUUUGAGUUUGGACUCUAGUGGAGGGAAGGGCAGUCAAAUUUGAGCAUAAUCUUGUAAUGCAUGAAUGAACCAUAAUCUGUAACGCAUGAAUACCUUCUCAUGACUAUGUAUCCAUACACAUAUUUUGGAGACAGGUACAUACACAAUUACAGUGAAGAGAGAAAUCCUACCAUUAAACUUUGUAAAAAUGGAAACAGCUUGAAUGGAUAGACAGACAUAAAUAGAAAGAUAGAAAUAGAAUUAAAUAUGCCAUUCACUCCAAGAGUGUCCAGAAAAGUCUUAGCUAAAAGGUUAAGACAGAAGCCACUACUUAGUGAAAGAACCUUUAAUAUGAGGUGAGAGAUGGAGCAGGAUGAAGUGGAUGCUGGUGUGUAAAAUGGAGAUGUGGAGCUGGGGUAGCUUGAGUUGCUCAAGUGACAGGCAGGCAGUAAUUACCUUUAUGGGCAGCAGAAUGUCAUGCUGUUUUAUAAACGGCCAAAAACCAUAAAAGCCUCUUUUGAUGGAGGCCAAAGUAAUACGUAUAACUACCUGGAUGAAACAUAAAUAGGAAAUGCUGAUUCGGAGUCUGUUUCAACAUUUAGAAGGGGGACAGCAUAGUCGCAUAGUCAAUGGUGGUAACGGAUAUCAAAUAUAAUAUCAAAUAUUAUAUCAAAAUAUAUAUAUCAAAACACAGCAACAAGAACACAUCCGCUCUGUUACGGUGCCAAGCGGGCGAGAUCCAAAGGCAUGUUGGUUUUAGAAUUUCAGAUGCUUUUUUGGAUGCAUUAUUUGCCAAAUUAUUCAAGCAGAACUUGUGACAUUGAUCACAAGGAGAAUGUAUUGGUGGUGUAGAAUUCAUGGAUGCUGGCUGUUUGGUGGGGGGCAGAGUGGUGCAAUUCUGGCUUGGAAGAGGAGUUGAGCUAACGCUUGGUAAUGUGUGAAGUUAGUGGGGAAAUCAUCAUAACAGGAAGUUUAAAAUAUUCAUUAGGUCUCAUCUGCACAGAGAUUUUAGAGGUGCCUGGGGGCUUUUGCUGUUGUGAUUGUGUUCACAUAGCAUGAUUGGAAUGGAUCUGAUGGGAGAGUAUCAUUUAGGCAUAUUAAGAUUAUUUUCAAAAGUAAAACCAGGCCAAGGUAUAUUUUUCUUGUAUUUCCAUUAAUGCAAACACUCAAAGGAGAUUUCAGAUCUUUCCCUUUUCUGGCAGAUUUUGACAGUACAAAUUGCAAACUUUGUGGAUAAAAUAAAAUUUCAGAAUUACUCAAACACAUUCGUAAGAUUCAUUCAGGCAGUUAAAAAUACGUAUCCGAUAGUUGAAGAGUAUUGGAAAGCUACUUCAAAUCUUGUCAACAUGGCUGUGAUGCAGCUGGGGAAAAAAAAUCUUUAGAUAUGCCUUGAUAAGUGCAUUUUCAAAAUUUGCAGAUUUCCCUGUGGGGAAUUUUUUUUUAAGAAAUCACUGUUUUGGGGGUUUAAUUUUGUGUU